AUGGCAAUGAGACUAUCUACGAAUAUUGUCCUAUGUGUACUAUUAUUGACAAUGAUACAAAACUAUGUAAUGAUGAAAAUAGACAUGUUUAAUACAAGUACGAGUAUGUACUUACAGGAAAUAACAGAUUACCCAAUUCUUUUCAAGGUUAUGGGCGUAGAAAAAUUUAAUUUUAACAUCCCUGGUGAAUGUGAAGAACGUAACAUUUGUGAACACUUACCGGACUAUUUACAAAAAUACGUUUCAGAAAUAAUAACAAUGCUCUCUAAUAAAAACAUAAAACUGCAAGGGAGUGAAGACGUGGACGAUACAGCACAAUACCACACUAAAGACACAAAUAAAAAUAUUGACACGCAAUAUGAGGAUUUGUGCUCUACAAAACAAGUUUUAUAUAUACCAAAAGCUGCUUCAGACGUAAAUAACACUUGGCAUAUUAUACUGAACGAUAAGCAACAUCCCCAAUACAAGUUUCGUGUAGAAAUUUGUAAGAUAAACAAUUUACCUUGCUCAUAUGCAUAUUUCCCACUGGACAUAUCAAAAUGCAUUCAGAAGUACACGCUACGUACAAUGAUGGCUAUAAACGAGCAAAAUGAAGUUGUUGAAAGACCAUUCAAAGUGCCCAGCUGUUGCUCCUGUGGUACGAAAAAUGUU